CAUCCACAACGAUGAAGUGAACGAGUCAGCAUUCACUCAGACAAAAGAAGAAACUGCGUUCUUCAAUAAGGACUCAUCUGCUGCAGAAAGAGGCAGUAAAAGGAAAAGAAAAAUUAAAAAUAAGGAGCACAAGAAAGGCAAAAAAGAUGACACAUGCACCAGUUCUGAAACAGGAGAUAAUGAUUAGAAUAUCAAUGUCCCAGAAAAAUUCAUGACUAAAUUACGUGAGAAGUCGUCAGAAAAUCGUCGUCUUUCCACGCUUGCACUUCAGUACGAGACCGAAUCCCAUAUACUGAGAGAGAAGAACAAACAUCUGGAAUACCUCUUGGCCAAAUACGCACCAGCCGCAGAAGCGAGUCAUGGGGGAUCGGCCCAACCCAUAGACCAAACAACAGAAGCAAAGUUAGCUGCUGAAACAUUACGUUGCGCCGCACUCGAAGAACAACUGACAGUUAUGAAACAGUCGUACGAGGACUUAGAAGCAACAACAGCACUGUUGAAGCUACAUGUAUAGGCCAUCACCGCUGACAACAACAGCCGCAAGAAGUCCAAAACAGGACUCCAGAACUCCGGUGACAAACCUGAUACCAAAUUGCACGAAUCAGCUGGCAAGGCAACCACUUCCAUGAUGACAGGAUCAACUUCAAAAACUCCCACGGAAGACAAUAUGCCAUCUUUCCGAUUGCUGUCACAAACGCAGCCUCACCCUAAUGAAACAGCAGCAGAGCGCGAUGAUCCUUUACCUCUAACGUACAUUGACGAGACCGAGAUACAGCUCGUUGAUCUCAUUACUGAUGUAACCUUGCUGAAAGACAUCAAUAAGGAGAAGAGUCAGACGAUACUCCACCAAAGCGAAUUAAUUAAACAGCUGAAGCACACAAUAUCUAGUACCAAAAAGACUAGCAAUUGUCCUCAAAUUUCAGCUGAACAAAUGAAUGUAUCCUUCGAGAUUGAUGGGGGGCUCAUGGACUCCAAUAGCGAAGGCACAUACAAUGAAGGUCAUGAGGGCUCAGUGGACAUAUCUGCUGACAAAUUGAUCUUACCGCAUGCCAACACGGAACAUGCCGAAAGCGUCGAAAAAAUACUACCCAUAUCUGAUAGAACACGGUCUAAGCGUCCUGCUGUAACACCGACAAUUGUAUCCAAGGUUGUAAGGAAGUACAAGAAAUUCAAAAACUAUCGCAACAUGUCAGAGAGUAACAGGUCUCUGCUGGACAUCACAGUGGAGGCUGCUGCGAACAAGGAAUACACCAAAGUUUGGACAAGCCCAGAUGGCAGAAAAUUUGUGUGUGUCGUCAAGGAUUUGGUGCAGAGCAUUACGCACAGAGAAUUAUCCUCACUUGUAAGUCUACAGAUAAUCAUUACUCCUGUUUUUUCUGAUAUUGCACUUAUGCAAAACAUAGUUAUACAUUAAUGGCAAUACUUCUACAGACAAUUGACGCAUAUUGCAAUAUCUUAAUG